AUGAAAAAGUACCCCGCGAUGGCCAGCAGCAGCUCUCCAGCUGUCACCCAUGGCCUCUACAUUGACCUCAACGGCCUCAUCCACCCGUGCUGCCACAGCGAUGAGGACGCCUCGGUGGUACAACGCUCAGAGAGUGAGAAACUGCAGUGCAUCUGCCGCGAGGUGGAGGUGCUCGUGGCGACGGUGCGGCCGCGCGAGUUGAUCUACAUCGCCACAGACGGUGUGGCGCCGCGAGCGAAGAUGAACCAGCAGCGUGCGCGGCGGUACAUGGGCCGCGCGAAGGCGACAAACCCCAGCGUAGCUAUCGUCGAGGAGGUGGUGCAAGAAUUCGAGCCGCACGAGAUGGCACAGGUCGAUGACGAGCUGGAUGGCGUGCGCCAGUCACUGCUGCAGGACGCACUGUACGGCGGUGUGACGCUGGGUGAGGAGCGGAGCCCCGCGGAGGAGGUGGCGGGGGCCGCUGUAGUUGGCGACGUCACGCUUGACGUGAAUAACGACAUGAUACAUAUCAACAACAGCGAGAAUGAUGGCGGUAAAAAUGAUAUCUUCGCCGCAAUGGAGGGGCUCGUUGAAGACACUGUGAAGGCUGAGGAUUUCGACAGCAACUGCAUCAGUCCAGGCACCGCUUUCAUGGCGAAGGUCGCGGCUUCCGUUCUUGAAAUGGUGCAGGAGAGACUCGCAGGUGACGACCCGCUCUGGACGCGAACACGUGUGGUGGUGUCUAGCGCCCAAACACCAGGCGAGGGCGAGCAUAAGAUCAUUGACUUCCUGCGCACACAAUCGUCGUACCCAGGCUUUAACGGCAAAGGAGCGCACGUGAUUGCCGGACUCGAUGCCGAUUUGAUAUUUCUCGCACUCUCGCUGCACAUUCCACACGUUUUCAUUUUACGUGACAAGAAACGAAACCCCUACAAUGCCAAGUCUGGAAAAGAGAAGCGGCAGAGGUGGAAGAAAGGGGCGGGUGACACUCGAGACACCCAAACCGAUGAAGGAGGAGAUGACGAGGUGGAAGACGGGGAAUUUGGUGUAAUUGAUGACAGUGAAAGCACCAGGAGCAAUAACAAGAAUGGGAGAGCAGCUGCAGCGGCGGCAAUAAAACCGAACAAAUCGUACGAGUACUUCGAAAUUGACACCGUGGGCUCAUGCCUCAUGUCGGAGUUGAAUGGGCUUUGCCAGAUGAAGGGGUUUUCGCCGGCAAGUGAGGAGGCAUUUAGCCCAGAGCUACUUGUCUCGGCGAACGGAUACCACUUCUGCCGUCACGCUGGAUGCGCCGACGGGGCUUUGAGAAGUUUGUUUUCCGACGAGCGGAAGCACCAACAGCAACACCAAAGUUCCGACUGGCGAAAGUUCCGACCAUGUGCCUCAAAUGCAAACAGCAAGGUUAUUGACGAUGUAAUUGUGUUGGCGAUGCUGAUGGGGAACGACUUCCUCCCUCGGCUUCCUAGUGUCUUCUGCGGAGAGAGUGCUCUCGACAACCUACUGGAAUUGUACGUGACGGAGGUGCUGCCGUAUGGCUUCCUGACGGCGGGCAAUCACGAGAUCAAUCUGCCGCAGCUGAGGCGCUUGCUUCAAUCGUACGCGAAAAUUGAGGCAGUACAUUUCCGCCGCUUCCAACUGAGUCAAGAGGCCAUGACGCUGCAGGAGACCGCGGCGCCGCUCUCCUCAGCGGUGGAUGAACGGUGGCGAAAGCCGUACCUCGCCUCUACAGGCCUCGCUAGCCACAUCGACGAGGCGUGUGCAAAGUACGUUGAAGGGCUCCGCUUCGUCUGGCGUUACUACAGCGGCAAUUCGGCGACGUGUAGCUGGUCGUGGUACUACCCUUUCCACCACGCACCCUUUGCAGCAGAUUUAGCGACAUUUCUGCAGAAUUGUGACUUGGCAAGACUGCCGCCGCCACCGCUCGAGACGACACCACCAGACACAUUGGUGCAACUGCUGUGCAUUCUGCCACCGACGAGCCACGCACUGCUGCCGCCUGUGGUGGGCAACGUUAUGCUGGCUCCACCAGACGAGCUGCGCGAAACGUUCCCCACCACAUGGCGCAUCGACUACACCUCCGCCUUCGGGAAGGAGUACCUCGCCGCUGUGAUGCUACCCUUCGCUAACGUGGCGCGUCUCCAUCAGCUUGUAGAGGCUGUACGGCAGCAGCUCACCGAAGAGGAAGGGCAGCGAUUGGAGCAGCUUGACUAUCAUCUCGUGUUGAGUUCACAAACGACGACAUUCAACCUGCAUGGCGACGAGAGCGAGCUCAGCGCAAAGGAUGCCGCUCUGUGGGGUGUGCAGCACGAAGGCGUGACGUGCGUGCGAUUGCGUGACAGCCCGCCGGAGCGUGGGCGGCCCAAGACGUACUCGUCCACCGUCGCCAUCCCGUGGGUCACCUGCGACACAACCGGAAACCCCUAUCGACGCGAGCGCCGCUCACACCGCAAGCGACGCGAGGAAGUAGAGGGCGCGAAAACCAACAGCGGCGUCACGCUGAUCAACAAGGGCCCGUCACUCGCGGCCUAUUUUGCGGGUCUUGCGGCGGCCUCGGUGCUGACGGCCUUGGCAGUGCUGCCGUGGACAAUGCUGCACCCUCUUCAGGUUUUGGCGGUGAACCUGGUUGGCAUAGCGCUCACCUUCGUGAUUGGCAUUGCUGUGCACGACCCUGUCAACGGGAGCGGCAUCCGACGCAACAACAUUCCCAUGACGUAUGUUGAUUGGCUCUGUGCUGACUGCCUUUGCCUCAAUUUUGCGCUCAGGGACAAGUGUUUUGUCUGCCGCGCGCCGUUUGAUGAGCACCGGUGCCUGGCCGUAUUCAGCAACACACGGACUGCGACGCCGCCAGUGUACGAUCCCGAUCACACGCCAUAUAUAGAGACUGUUGGUCUUGUGCUGGACCGAACAGAAGCGGACACAGAAAUUUAG